UUGUUUUCUCAUGCCCAGUUGAUUGCUGAAGCUGAAGGUCUGUUCACCCAGUGGAUGUCUGCCAUCGGACCAAUCCUCCAGGGUCGUUUGCCGAUGCAACUUGUGGGUCCUACUCAAUUGACUGCCAUUUUGGAGCGAAUUCAGAGUGCUUUAGCCUCAGAAGAUACGGAAGGUUUGAUCCUGACGCAUCCCAAUGUGGCUUACUACUACAAUGCCCAUUGUGUGCUUGCUUCAGCUUCUGAAAAAGCCUUGUAUAUCCAAAUACAGGUCCCCUUCCAAGCUCGGUCCACCAUGUUCCAUGUGUAUCAUGUUUUGAGAUACCCUGUGUUUCUUCCAAACAAUCAGACGGCAACCACAAUAACUUCUGUUCCUGAAUACUAUGGAAUUUCUGAAGAUUUGAAGUCAGAGGUAUUGCUAUCCAGUAAUGAUUUUGGAUCUUGCAGUGGAACGCCAAUGAAAUGUGCAGCUCCUUUAUUGAUACAAGCUUUGGAUGACAAGUCCUGUUUGGGAAACCUAUUCCUAAGAAAGUCUACAACUAGCUGCAGCUACGCUGUGUCCUUGCACUACAAUGUGACCUCAGUGAAGAGAGUUGACAAGUAUUUGCUGAUCUCAAACCCAGUGAAUAGAAUCCGUAUGCAUUGUUUGUCUGAUCCAAAUGUGGUAAAAUCAGUGUGUGCAAGUUGCCUCCUGAAGUUGCCUUGUGGAUGCACUUUGAUGUCAUCGGGGAAGACUUGGUCACAUAUGACAUCUGUUUGUGAUCGUUCACAGCAGGGUAUAGACAUGUUCAGUGAUAUCAAUCAGCCAUUUGCAGAAAAAGUUCUGGAUCUGAAACCUCUGGAUUGGGAGUCUCUAAGCAGUGUGAUGCGAGGCAACCUAACUGACAGUGUCCUUGGAAAGCUGCCAAGAGUUCCCGAUCCUGAAGAUUUGACCACAGACGAUCAUGAGUUCUCCAGGGAUAUGGAAGGUGUUUUGCAGAACAUCAAAAAUGAGAACCGUUGGAGCAUCAACAGAAGUAGUGGAUCACUGGUUGACUUGAUCAAGGACAAUGUGGUUGAUGUUAUCCAGAUUAUCAUCAUAGUGAUUCUGUGCCUAGUUGCAGUCAUCUUUGGUGUCAAGUACUUUCGUCAGCACAAGUUGAUGUUGCGCUUGUCAAGAUUUGUUCUGCGAAGGCCAAAGUCUGAAGGAAAUACCUUUGUAUAAAGAGAUGUAUAUUAACUAGCUCCCUAUCACCAGUCCUGAAGGGCAGAGAUGUUAUGAUAUUUACCCUGAACCCUACAGAAGUCAGCUCGGGGUGCUGCGCUAGUUUCAACAAUCAAUGGCCUUUAAAUAAUGACAGCUGC